CACACCCGCAGGUUGCAGCCUGGAGCAAGGAGAGGAUGUCCCAGCCGUGCUCGGUGCGUCCUGACAGAAGCAAAGGCGUCCCACAGAAAACAUGAAGUUGGGUGGCGUGACCUACUGAAGUCUCUUCCACUGACACGUACCUGAAUAGCAGCGUUCAAGAAUGGAGCUGGUCGGCUCUCCCUUAAUGACAAUGUACGCCCACCCAAGAUCUACACCUACCAAGUUUCUGCCUGCCAUCAGCACCAUGGCUUCAAGCUAUAAGAACCGGAUUCCUUACUACUCCUUGCCUCAUAGCUUCAGCCUCCCCUGGAUGCCCAGCGCCUACUACAAAGCAGCUGCCAUCAACCCAACUUUGGCUCCGUUUUCCCGAGGCUCCCAGGGGUUAACUCCCAGCAAGAUGCUUCCUUUUGUCCCCAACAGAACAACCCUCUUCACCAGGUACACCCCUGACGACUGGUACAAGUCCAACCUGACCAACUACAAGGAGUCGGAGACUUCCCGGCACAACGCAGAGCGUCUGAGAGUUGAUACCACCCGCAUGAUUCAGGAUAAAUAUCAGCAGACAAAGAAAACCCAAGUAGAAAGCACCAAAAACCUGGGAGAACGUGUCAAUGAUAUUGAAUUUUGGAAAUCAGAGCUCUGCCACGAGCUGGAUGAGAUGAUUGGGGAGACCAACGUACUCACAGACGUGAAGAAACGACUGGAGAGAGCCUUGGCCAAGACGGAGGCCCCUCUCCAGGUCGCUCAGGAGUGUUUGCUUCACCGGGAGAAGAGGAUGGGCAUCGACCUAGUCCAUGACGAUGUGGAGAAGCAGCUCUUCACAGAAGUCGAUGUCAUCAGGUCGUGCCAGGAGAGGAUGCAGCGGUACCUGGAUCAGGCGAAAGCCCAGCUCGUGUCCAACAGGGCGGCCCAGCACGAGCUGGAGAGGGACCUGGCCAACAAGCAGGCGGCCCUCCGCAUCGACGACAAGUGCCACCACCUGAGGAACACCUCCGACGGCAUCGGCUACUACCGAGGGGUCGAGCGGGUGGAUGCCACGAUUUCGGUGCCGGAAUCAUGGGCCAAGUUCACGGACAACAACAUCCUCCUCUCCCAGAGCGAACGGGCGGCCUCCGCCAAGCUGCGGGACAACAUCGAGAACCUGCUGCUGGUGACGGCCAACGAGAUGUGGCACCAGUUCAACGUGGUGAACGUCGCCUUCACCAACCGCAUCGCCGAGACGGCCGACGCCAAGAGCAAGAUUCAGACCCACCUGGCCAAGACACUGCAGGAAAUCUUCCAGAUCGAGAUGAACAUAGAAGCCAUCCGAAAAGCCAUUAGGGACAAAGGGCCUCCGUUAAAAGUGGCUCAGACCCGGCUGGAUGAGCGCACGCGGAGACCAAACAUGGAGCUGUGCCGGGACACUGCCCAGCUCCGCCUCGUCAACGAGGUCUAUGAAAUCGAUGAGACGAUCCAGAGCCUUCAGCAGCGGCUGAGAGACGCCGAGGACACGCUGCAAACGCUGGUUCGUGCCAAGUCGGUCUUGGAGCAUGACCUGGCUGUCAAAGCCAACUCCCUCUUCAUCGACCAGGAGAAGUGCAUGGGGAUGCGCAAGAACUUUCCCAGCACCGCGCGGCUGGUGGGUUAUGUUUAGGCUGGGCUUAGCUGAACUCACAGUAUCUGGGGUAUUCCCAGUUUUGCUAGGAUGCAAUCCCAGUUUUGCAAAGAUGCUUUGAAAAUACACGAUUUUACUUUCAUGUGCUGAUGAGAACCCUGAGUAGAAAUUAAAUGAUCACUUUGUGUAUUACGUGGUCUACCAGGAUUUUUUUUUCCCCUUUGGUUCUUCUCUUUCCACUGCC